AUGAGCAACCCAGGUAUAACCUCGCCUCCGGCUCCGAUUGCUAUCGUAGGGAUCUCAUGUCGUCUUCCGGGGCACGCCAACAGCCCAGAAAAGCUCUGGGAGCUCCUGGAGCGAGCAGGCGAGGCCUGGACGCCCGUCCCAGCCGACCGCUAUAAUGAAUCGGCGUUUUACCAUCCAAAUGGUGAUGACCCCAAUGGCACCAACAAUCAUCGGGGCGGCCACUUUAUUGACGGGGACCCCAGUGAUUUCGAUCACUCCUUCUUCCGCGUAUCACCACAGCAGGCUUCCGCCAUGGACCCUCAACAGAGAAUAUUGCUCGAGAUGACAUACGAAGCCAUCGAAAAUGCCGGGUUGACCCUUGAAUCCUGCUCUGGAUCCAACACAGCGGUAUAUGCGGCCAGUUUCACUGCAGACUUUGAGCGGAACUUAUAUCGAGAUCCGCUCAACAUGCCUCUUUACUAUCUUACUGGUGUUGAAAAGGCCAUUCUGUCCAACCGCAUCUCUCAUGCCUUUGACCUACACGGCUGCUCUGGCGGGCUCGUUGCGAUGCAUCAGGCCUGCCACAGUCUUCGGAACGGCGAGUCAGAUGUGGCUAUAGUUGCAUCCGCCAACUUGACUUUGGGUCCGGAUCAUCAUAUUGGUAUGAGCACCUUGCAUUUGACAAGUGGUGCUGGCCGCAGCUACCCGUUCGAUAGCCGCGGCGAUGGGUAUGGUCGCGGCGAGGGGUGUGUUGUAUUGGUGUUGAAGCGGCUGGAUAAGGCUAUCAGAGACCACGACCCAAUACGAGCUGUAAUUCGGAAUACGGCUGUCAACCAGGAUGGUUAUACCGCUGCCAGCAUCACUUACCCCAAUGGCGUGGCCCAGGAACAGCUCAUUCGCGACACUUACGCGCGGGCUGGGUUGAGUCCAAUGGACGUGCCCUACGUUGAGGCCCAUGGCACAGGCACACAAGCGGGCGACUUGGAAGAGCUGACGGCUAUAUCCAAAGUCUUCACAGGUUCUGAAUCCGGGCGGCCUGGUCCAUUAUAUGUUGGGUCCAUUAAGGGUAAUGUCGGGCAUAGCGAAAACACCAGCGGCCUCUCCAGCAUCGUGAAGGCCACCCUAAUACUCGAGCGUCUGCAUAUUCCUCCUACGGCUGGCCUAUGCAAGUUGAAGGCCGGUCUCCCGCUGGAGCAAAUUUCUAUUCCGACACAGUUAGUGCCGUGGCCACAGAAGAUCAGCGAUGGAAUGGUCACGGUGCCGCCACGGGUGUCAAUCAACAGCUUCGGCUUUGGUGGAGCUAAUGCACACGCAAUUCUCGAGGAGGCACCUCAGCCGUCAAAUUCAGGCACAUGUGCCGAUUGGGAUCUGGAAGCGGAGCUUCUUCAUCCUCCUGGUGAAGUCACACAGCUUAAUAGUGCUGAGCUAGCCCAACCAGCAACAACAGCGAUCCAAAUCGCCCUGGUCGACCUACUCCGGACUAUGGGCGUCCAUCCUGGAGCCGUCGUAGGUCACUCCAGCGGAGAAAUAGCCGCAGCCUAUGCAGCUGGCCAUCUCACUGCGCGACAGGCAAUGACCGUGGCGUAUCACCGCGGAUUCAUGGCUACCGCCGCAAAGAGCCAUGGCCUGCCUCGUGGUGCUAUGCUGUCAGUCGGACUAAGCGAAGCUGAGGCUCUCCCCUUUAUCAAGAACCUGAGCAAUGGCGAGGCCAAUAUUGCUUGUGUCAACAGUCCGAAGAGCGUGACCAUCUCUGGCGAUGCGGAAGCCAUCGAUGAGGUCUCGAUGCGCCUUUCUUCUGCCCUUGAUCGAGAAGGCGGCGCGAUUUUCCAGCGCCGCCUGUUGGUUGACACGGCAUAUCACUCUCACCAUAUGCGUGCAGUAGCAAAAGACUACUGGGCUCGGCUCCAAGGCUUGAAACUAGACAAAGAACUUGACCAAGAUAGCAGUAAAAAUGCUUCUGUCAGGGCGGCUUCUUUUUUCUCUUCUGUGUCGGGCACCUUCAAAUCAUCCGGUUUUGACGCAGAGUACUGGACCGCCAACCUCGUCUCGCCUGUGCGUUUUAGCGACGCGAUACAGACCAUAGCGAACGCUCAUCCCAGUUCCAGGCACACCGUCUUUGUUGAGAUUGGCCCACAUUCGGCGCUCGCAGGCCCAGUCCGUCAGUGCCUUUCGGACCCAAUCAUCGCCAGACCAUCAUCAGAUUAUCUAUCUGUUCUAAAGAGGGAUUCCAGUGCGGUCAUCAGCGCCCUGGCGUUCUUUGGGCGUCUAUUCGAGCUCGGGGUCAAGCUCAGUCUUUCCAAUGUUUUGACCUUGUCUCCCGGGUCAUAUCCUGGUGUUGUUAUACCCGACCUACCGAAAUACCCAUGGGACCAUUCUCAAAAGCAUUUGUUCGAAUCGCGGAUCAGCCGUGAGUAUCGAAUGCGUCGAGACCCAUAUCACGACUUGCUUGGAGCACGCGCCCUUGAUGCUACGUCCAUUGAGCCUCGAUGGCGACACAUGAUAAGCCUGGCCACUCUACCGUGGUUGGAGCAUCAUAUCGUUGACUCCCAGGUGAUAUUUCCAGGGUCUGGGUACGUCUGCAUGGCCAUCGAAGCCGUGAGGCAGAUGCAGAGAGAGCGCCACCCUGAAAGCCGACUGGAGACAUUGGUGUUAAAGAAUAUAUCGUUCCCCCGGGCUUUGGUGGUGCCCGGAUCGCCGCAGCGCACCGAGAUGCAAUUGAGCCUGACGCCGCAAGUCGGGACGAUCCUCGGUUUUAACUUCCGCGUCACUGCUCUGUCUGACGGCAAGUGGUUCGAGCAUUGCACUGGUCUUAUCGAGGGUUUGUUGGCACCUGAAAAGCCUGAGAGGGUCGUAAAUGGUGUCCACGACUCGUACCCCUUAACAAAUGGGCACAGCGAUGGCAACCAGGCCAUGUCGCAGAGCAGAAUCUUCAAGGCCGAGGAAAUUUAUCGUGCGUUGUCCGAUGCUGGGAACACCUACGGCCCAACAUUCGCCGGCAUCCGCCACAUGAGUCUGUCCGCAGAUGGUAAAAGCGGAAAUGCCGCUAUUGAGAUCCCAAACACGGCGGCUCUGAUGCCAGCGGGCCAUCAAGAGCCGCACCUGAUACACCCCACCACACUGGAUAUUCUGCUUCACACAUGCCUGCCCUUGGCAGCGGGCCAUUUCGGUCCAGGCUCUAUAAUGCCAGUCCACAUCGACGAGCUUCACUUGCUGACUACCGCUGCGAUGCCAUCGAAAUCAGGCACAGAGCUUCAUGCCACACCGGUGCUCAAGUCAAGCCACUUCCGCACAGCAUAUGCCGAUCUAUCUGUGGCAGCUGGUGGAGAAACUGUUUUGCUUGCUUCAGGAAUCGAACUGCGAAGUCUUGCUCCUCAGACAUAUCUUGACGAAGGAAAGCUCCAGGGAAUCUGCUACGACCUCGAAUGGCGCCCCGACGUGGAUUUCUUCAGCCAAGAUAGUCCGGCUAAGUUCGCAGGUCUAGCUCAAGUGUUUAGAGCCGUGAAUCACAAAUAUGGAAAACACCUUCGAGUGUUAGAGAUCGGGACACGGCACAGUAAUCUCUCGCUUGCAUUCUUAGGCACCCUCGACGGCCCGAGAAGCACUUGGCCACUCCUCGACUUCGCCAGCACAACGCCUGAAUCACUCGAUCAGGCACGCAGACAGCUCACAGGUUACCCCGUGCGCUAUCAUUCCUUAUCCCAGGAUUAUGACCUUUGCAAUCAAGGGCUCGACUCAUCCUCGUAUGACUUGGUGCUCACGUCGAGCAUCGAGGCAGCACAACAAGCCUCUAUCCUGGUCAAGUCCACGGGCAUUGUAGUAGUGGAAUCCGCUGCGCAACCAGACGGGUCUCUGAUAUCUAUUUUCAAUGCUGCCAAUCUUGAAAUGCAGCAAACCUCCGCCGAUAAUUCAAGGGGUAGCUGGGUCAUUGUUGCACGGCCAUCAGUUCAUAAGGAGCGGCCAGUAGUUCCAGAACAGGUUCAAAUACUCACCCACUCACGCAACAAAAUCCGUCAAAGCUGGGCUUCAUCUCUAGAAGACACACUGAGAUCUGGUGGUGUCAAUAUCUCACGCGAACCAAUUAGUGCGGUCCAGUUCGGCCUUGGUCUGGAUAUCCACGCGGAAGAUGGAUGCACUAGUUACAUCGUGGUCCUCGAGGACGAGUCGCAACCAAUAUUAUCUGACCCACAAUGUUUCAACGCCGUCGUUGCGCUGCUUCGGCAGCCGUGCCGGAUCAUCUGGGUCAGUCCGGAACACCUCUUGCCUAUGCACCAAAUCACAGGCGUCGCACGCACAGCACACGCCGAAAACGCCACACUGCGCCUCACAACCGUUCACGUCGCUCCGGAGCUGCUGUCACUUCCCAUUGAGGGUCAAGGACGUCUUGAGAAUUCUGGCUGGCCGUUUUACGACAUUUUUGUCCGUGUCAUGGAAUUAGAAUGUCGCGCGGAGGAGCACGUGGAGCGCGAAUACCGCGUCGACAAGGCUGGUGCCGUCCUUGUUCCACGUCUGCGCCACAGCUUGUCGCUUAACAAUGCCGUCCACUCAGAUCCACCGCUUGAUACAGAUCGUAAGGUCGUAACGGGAAAGUUUGUCGACAGUUCGAGGACGCUUUCGUUAGCUUCCGUUGGCCACAAAGGUCCAGGACCAAAAUUCACAGAGCGGGUGGUCUUUCACGAGACGGCGCUGGCUGCUGCUACUCUGGCCGAGGACGAAAUCGCAAUCGAGACGCAGGCUUUCGUACUUUCCACGCAAGGCCCAAAGGCGGCCCCGUGUGUCUAUUCAGGCUCUAUCACUAAGGUCGGCGCUGCCGUCAGCAACCUAUCGAUAGGGGAUCACGUUAUCGCCAUAGGAUUGGUGCAGGGAGCAAAUCGGCUGCGCGUAUCUUGCUCUCAAUCUGGACUUCUGCCGUCCAGUAUGUCGCCCGCUGCUGGGGCCGGGGUACUCAUUGACGUCCUGGCCGCGUGCUAUUCACUACAAAGGCUCGCCCACCUGUCACCGCGGGGGAAGAUACUCAUCCAUGGGGCUUUGAGCAAUCUUGGUCGGGCAGUGGUCGCUGUGUCGAGGUCGGUUGGAGCGCGCAUUGGGGCCACUGCAGCCAACAUAUCAGAGGCUUAUGUGAUGGCGUCCACGCUAGGGGUCCCGUUGGACGAGGUGAUCAUACUCACUACUCAGUACUUGCGGCGUGGUGACGCCUGGGCCCAAGAUGUGGAUGUUAUUGUCCAGACUGGCACGGAAAGUGUGCCGGAUCAGGUCUUGGCUCGCCUCAAGCCCUUUGGAAGCAUUGUGGUUGUUACCACUACCAACAAUUCAAGUCCCCACAGCUCUAGUAAGCACGGAGUGGCAUCCGCUGUGCCCAUGGCCCCUCGCAACUCUGCGCUCUUCUUCUGCGACGUUAUCGAGCUCCUUAUCGCGCGACCCGACCUGAUACCGGACCUGAUGACCCAAUCCAUCGCGACAAUGGAGCAUUUCCCCGUAACAGGCAUGGACCUAUGCGUACGGCCUGUUUCUCAUGUUGACGAUGCAAUGCGGUUGAUAAGCACAGGGUCUUGCGAUAGGAUAGUGCUCCAAGCAGAGAAACAGUCGAAGGUGUCGAUUAUGGCGCUGCCACCUUCACAAGGCAACGCCUGGGCCUCUGAGAACGCCUGUUAUGUUAUCGCAGGAGGUCUGGGGGACCUCGGAAUCCGCCUCCUCCAUCUGAUGGCUCGUCGCGGCGCGAAGCAUCUAGUUACACUAUCCCGGCGUUUUGUUGAAGUCCAAGAACAGCAUCGUAUUCAAGCUCAGCUGCAAGAGCUCAGUCCAGGAUGCAAAUUAUAUUGCCUGAAUUGUGAUCUCACUGUCGAGGAGAGUGUGAAAAAAGCCGCUGCAACUCUUGCCUCGAUGGGAGCACCGCCGGUGCGAGGGAUCGUUCACUCGGCCGCUUUGCUUCAGGACCGGACACUUGAUUCAAUGACACACCAUGAUUUUCUAUUAGCGAGUCAAGUCAAAGUGGACGGCACAUCAGCCCUCGAAAGUGUUUUCACUUCUCCACACCUUGAAUUCUUUCUUAUGUUGUCUUCUGCUGUCAACAUAGUUGGAGCCAGUGGGCAAGCGAACUAUAACGCUGGUAACAGCGUCCAGGAUGCCCUGGCAUAUGCGCGACAAGAAGGCUGUUGCCGAUAUAUGUCCUUGAGUAUUGGGUGGAUCGAGGACGCCGUUCACACCGCCGAUGACGAAGCACGACUUAAUGGUCUUCGACGGUCCGGGCUUAGAGCUAUCACCCACGACGAGCUUUCACGAUACCUCGAUCACGCUCUUGAAGCUGCAAGCGGCGGUUCUCCACAAGCCAUCAUUGGGUUCGACGCAGCCUCGCUCUCAGCCGCGACCGCUCACAACGGCACGGUGCGCUCGGCGCUCUUCAGCCACGUCCGUGGCCUGGCCCAGUCAGAGCAAACCGCGGCAGGGACGGACCCAUCAUCAUCGUCUCAGGCAAACACCAACGCCUCCGUCCUUUUCGCAAAGGCAAUGGCCAACGACGACCUGAAAUCAGCCACCGAAGUUGUGUCUACCGCAAUGACCAGCCAGCUCGCGCGCAUGAUCUCUAUCGACAGCGACCGCAUCAAUCCUCACGCGACCUCCAUGCUUGCGCUUGGCGUCGACUCGCUAGUAUCCAUCGAGCUUCGCAACUGGACGAUGCGUGAGUUUGACGCGCCACUGCAGACUUCGGAGAUACUGGUAGACCAGACUAUUCGUGCUCUUGCAGAGAAGGUGAUUUCACGCUCACGCAUGGCUGUGGCGGCAAGUGUUGCGACAGAGAGUUGA